AUGUAUGGAGAGCCGGAGGAGAUGGCAGGGCACGCUUGGUCAAAACGCUUCCUGUCGUUUGUUGAUAAUUGUCUGGUCAAGAACCAUCUGCAUCGACCGACCACCGACGCCCUGCUGAGACACGCCUUCAUCCGAGACCUAGCCAAUGAGAGACAAGUUCGCAUAAUGCUCAAAGAUCACUUGGACAGAACCAGGAAGAAGAGAGAGAAAGAGGGUCCAGAGUAUGAGUACAGUGGCAGUGAAGAAGAGGAGGAUGAGGUAACAGAGGAGGAAGGAGAGCCCAGCUCAAUCGUGAAUGUUCCUGGUGAGUGGACGUUGAGACGGGAGUUUCUACGUUUGCAGACAGAAGAUCGUGAAGGAGGCAGAGAGGGAGGUCACGAAGGAAGUGUCGCUCAACAAAGACAACAAGACCAGGCGGGCAGAAAGGGGAGUGCCGAUGUGUCAGUAAGGCCUCUGGACUUCACAGCUGAGCAGAGAGCCGUGGCUCCAAACCAGCUUCUUCAGCGUAAGUCCCAGCACCCCCAGCAUCAGCUUCAGCUGCAGUCCAAGCCCCAGGCUGUGGCCCAGCAUCAGCAGCCCUCAGUGGCCAGACGAUCCCACCGCACCCUGCCCAAGGACCAAACCCAGCUCCUGUCACUGCAGCACGACCACAGACACAGGGAGAGAGAGAGGCAGAGGCAGAGGGAAAAGCCUGUGGCAGCUGUCCAGAAACUAACAGCUAAAAGUGGGAUUACAGCUGCUGCCGCCGCUGCUGCUGCUGCUGCUUCCUCACCCAGCCGCCCUGCAAACAGCCAGCGCUCAGUGAUGGACCUUCAAGAAUCAAACUUGGCCAGGUUGCUUUUGGCUGCUGGUCUUCCCAGCCAGAUGCACUCGAGGUUGGGCUCUGGGAGCAGCUCGAGUCCAUGUACCCCAGCCAUGCAGAGAGCUCACCUCAGCCAGAAUGCCAAUCUGCGCUCUAGUCGAGACGCCCCUCACAGCAGCUCAAUGUCAGAUAUGUCCCUUUCUCCCCUGUCGCCAUUCUCACCCAUGUCCAUCACCGAUGAUGUCUUCUGGGACUCAGUCGAUGCACCACCUAAAGUCCCAGAACGCACUACCUCCAAGUUUUACUGUAGAGAGCUGGUGAUGGGACACAGGAGGGCUGCUUCAAGUGGCGGUCCAGUGUCUGCAGCAGAUAAUAGUGGAAGGUCCCAGUCUCACGUAGUCUCCUCUACCAGCAGCAAACCCCCAGGUUACUUUAAGCUGGAGAGUCCUCUUCUACAUCACCGUCACCAGCAGCACAGAAGCACAAAAGAAAACAUGUCCGGGGGGCACGCACAAGGUGUAAAAUCUGCUCUUGUCCGACUCAACAAAGCCACAGAAUACUCCUCUUCCAGCGAUGAGGUCGGCAGCAGUGAUGAUGAAGAGAGGAACAGGUCUGCUCUGUCCAAUGGAAAAGGGAAAUACUACAGAAGAAUACCUGAUGGUAUUGUCCUGCAACCUCACCACAAUCUGCAACAGACUUCUCGGAUGGGUUCUGACGAUACUUACCUGCUGCCAGACCUUCUUCAGAAAACCUCCUCUUGCAGUCCUAACCAUAAUGCACUGUGCCAACAGCAGCAAACACAUGAACUCAGCUACUCGCAGUCGCCCACAGCCCCUCGAUGCCCCACACAUCAGGAACUAAAUUCAGACACGGCUGUCAGCAGUCCUACUGGUAAAAGCACCUCCUCCUCAUCUUCCUCCUUCCUGUCCUUCAUCGAUCCAAGAUUGAUCCCCAUGUCAUCACCACCACAGAGCCCCACUGGUGUUAAGGGUGAGCCAAUCAAAAGACAGAACCACAGGAAGGGCUCUGUGGUGAAUGUGAACCCGACCAACAUUCGACCACAGAGCGACACUCCAGAGAUCCGCAAGUACAAGAAGAAGUUCAACACAGAGGUUCUCUGUGCAGGACUAUGGGGUGUGAAUCUGCUGGUGGGGACAGAGAAUGGUCUGUGGCUGUUGGACAGAAGUGGUCAAGGGAAAGUCUACUCUCUCAUCAGCAGGCGAAGGUUUCAGCAGAUGGAUGUUCUGGAAGGACUCAAUGUGCUCAUCACUAUAUCAGGUAAAAAGAACAAGCUCCGUCUGUACUACCUGUCCUGGUUAAGGAAUAAAAUCCUCCAUAAUGACCCAGAGGUGGAGAAGAGACUGGGUUGGACCUCAGUAGGUGACCUGGAGGGCUGUGUACACUAUAAAGUGGUGCGUUACGAGAAGAUAAAGUUCCUAGUGAUUGCUUUGAAGAAUGCUGUGGAAGUGUAUGCCUGGGCCCCAAAACCCUACCACAAGUUCAUGGCCUUCAAGUCUUUCAGGUCUCUGCCUCAAAAGCCACUGUCUGUUGACCUGACAGUGGAGGAAGGUCAAAGACUGAAGGUCAUCUACGGUUCCUUGUCCGGGUUCCACGCCAUCGAUGUUGACUCUGGAACACCAUACGACCUCUACCUGCCUACUCAUAUCCAGGGCUCCAUCCGUCCCCACGCCAUCAUCAUUUUGCCAAACAGCGCUGGAACGGAGGUUCUGGUUUGCUACGAAGACGAGGGCGUUUACAUUGACACCUACGGCCGCAUCACCAAGGAUACAGUGCUGCAGUGGGGGGAGAUGCCUGCAUCAGUCGCCUACCUGCAGUCUAACCAGGUGAUGGGUUGGGGAGAAAAGGCCAUUGAACUGAGGUCUGCCAACACAGGAAACCUGGAGGGAGUGUUCAUGCACAAAAAGGCCCAGAAACUCAAGUUCCUUUGUGAGAGGAAUGACAAGGUGUUCUUCGCCUCGGUGCAGUCGGGAGGCAGCAGUCAGAUUUACUUCAUGACUCUUGGACAGAACACUCUGUUCAGCUGACUCGUGUUGACCUCCACGGGCAGAAGACAAGGAUCAAUUAAUUCUCCUGGAUGCAUCACUCAUGUAUAGUUUCCAUGUAUGGAUCCAUAGUUGAGUUGAUCAUGAUGCCAGCGGCAGCACACUUCCUCCUGAGCGACAGCAGCACAAAAAUCGGGACGUCACUGCUGCCUCACUUGUCCAUGAAGGAGUCAUUUUUUACAUGCCUGAUCAGUUUGAUCAUCAUUUGGUCAUUUUUGGUCCUGUUUUCUGAAAAAUCCACAUGGAAGCAAAAUUGAUGGAUUGAUUCAGUUGAAUAUGUGGUGAGUUCUCAUGAACACCAGAUCACUGGUCAACAUCUAGGCCUCAUGAUUCCUCUACACAUCUGUCAGACACCACAAGUCUGUUCAGUUUGUACCAUAUUCAGCUCAUCUCUCCAGGAUCAGUUCACUUUUUCUGAAGGGCUCCAUUGUAACGGUAACUUUGCUAGUUAUAUCUGUCAUUCACUUACAUCCAUUUGCCUGGCUGUGGCGUGUAACUGGAUCAUCUACUUCACUCGCAUGCAAGCAGCCACUGUGUGAAAAGGAGUGAAAGCGACAAAAGAAGCUGUUUAUCAACCUCAUUCCCUCUAAGGACAUGAUCUGGGCAUUUUGGGCCAGAUGUUGGGGCCAAAAUGUUGACUAAGUUGCACUGUCACCUUGUUUCAUCCCACUUUUUUUUUUUGACAGUUACUCUGGGUGACAGUGAGUCAGCCUGACCAUUACCAUUAUAGACCCAAUCAGUUACAUUUAGCUGUAUCCUUAGCUGUAAUUAUACUGUCCAUGCAAACCUUAUAGUCAGGACAAAUGUCAGUAUUGAGAUGCAUAAUACCAUUGCACAAUAGUUCUCUUUGACUAUUCACAGACGAUUCUGGUCCUAAUUAAUGAGCUGUAUUUCAACUUCUUUCUCUGCUUAGCCUGAAAUCAGUUGCUAAUUCAGCCAAUACAUUUUCUUGCGCACUCCCUUUGGAUCAGUCCUCGCUGAGCGUUCACUCUAUUUCAGAUCUGCACUAUUUUACUUAAAUCUUAUUAUGAUUUGAUUAAGGACCUGGAAAGCCUUUAACUUUACUGUAGGAGCCAUAAUUCAGAUGUACAGCAUAAAAGGUAAAGACACAAAUCAACUUAUCUCAAAAAGGCAGUGAAUGCUUUUUUUUGUUUUCUUGCAUCUAUUGUAAAGCAUAGGAUGUAUAUACUCCUGUAAGCACUGUUUUCUAUAUAUUGUAUAAUUGACAUAUUUAUGUACAGUAUUUGUACAGAAGUAUAGGCUUAUGAAUGUGAAAUUCUAUCCCAAAGCAGACUUUAGACAUGUUAUUUCCAUGAUCCUAGAACAUUAGUGAACAUGGACUUGAACCUGAAGGCUCAUAUCCAUGUUUACCAUGUUCACGAUCAACAAAUGUAUCAUGUGAAUUCUGUUUUGUGGUUGAUUUUCUCCUAACAUGUAGAAGUCAGGCUCUUUGCACAAUGGCCUCUCUGUACAUGUUUUCUGUAAUAUAUCAUACUUUGAAAUUAUUUUUACUUUUCAAAGUGGGAAACAUUUUAAGUCAUUCUGCAGUCCAGUCUGUGUAUAAGAGAUUACUGCUAGCCAUUGGCUUUAGAUCUGUUUCUUUCACCACCCAACAUGUAACAAACACUUGUUUUGAAUGGAUCACCUUGAGAAAAAACCUUUUUUAGUUGACCCUGGGUCUGAAAAGAUGCAAUUAGCUGUGGUGAAAAAAGUGAAAAGGCCUGUUUUAUUUUGUUUUAAGAAACCAAAGAUCAAAGGCUUUGAUUUAUUGGCUUCCUUGAUAACUAAUGAAAAGUGAUUUGACGAAAAAUAAUCUAUGUCUGCACACAUAGUUUGAGGUGUAAUAUUUAACAAUGUUCAAAAGACUCCAACCAACAUAUCAGCCUACAAACUCCCCUGGACUGAAGUGUCUUGCUAAUUAUUACAAAUAUGCAAAUUAAUGUUGCUAGCAUUCUUACAUUUAAUAGCCUACAUUUAUGUUUUAGACAAGUGUUAGAUUUGGGUAAAGUGAAGAAGUUAUUGGGUUUUACCUUCAAAUGUGAAUUUUCAAUUUAUUCAUUUCAGAUUCAUUUUCACUUUACCAGUCUUUUUAUUCCUUCAUCAGAUUUAGCUUAAACAGCUAGUUAUACAUUUCUCUCUAUAUGUAAUUACUCUUGAGUUUUGUGACUAUCAGACAUUGUGCCAAAUAUUUUAUAUCCAGUGAUACAUUGAGUUUUUAUUGAUGUAAUAUUAGAGCAGCUGGUUCUGUGAGAGUAAUUUAAACUGGACUCUGAUAUCGCUAAGUCGCUACCAGAUAUCUAGUUACACAAGAAUUUAAAUAUAUGCUGACAGUCGCAGAAUACUAGCUAACAUGGGCUAAAUAUUUUAGAACUAUGUGAGCUACAUAGCCUAAUGCAGAAUAUCUAAUUAGCAUGUGGCUAAAAUAGCAAAUCUUCAUGAGCAAGCUAACAUUUACUGAGCUGUGUAAAGUUUCAACACAAUAUGACCAAACUAUUUUUCACAACCUAUUGGUCCAAAAUGGUGGCGAUCAUUUCAAACCUCUUUAUAUAAUACAAUAUUGUGUAAUAAUCUCUUACCAAUUCAAAUCAAUUCAGUAUUAAGCAAGUCACAAGGGUUCGCUUUUUUAUUUUUGAAUCUUGACAAAUGCGUUCAGAUACAACACAUCAAAAUGAUCUGUCUGGCAGAAGAGUAGUGCUACUCAGUGUCAGAUUUGUUUGGAUCCUGAUCAAGACUCUGGCCAUUAAAGUCUACAUAAGACAAAAUCAGUCUUUAACCACAAAAGUGGGUUCACCAAUUGUCCAAUGUACAGUAAAGCCUGUCUUUGCUUCUCCUGUAUAUGCAUGCGUUUACAUGUACGUGCAUACAAACAAGUAAUUACCAAAAGCUACUUCUUUCAUUCAUUAGAUGAUAUAGCCAAUUUAUUAAUUUUUUUCAGAAUUGGUAUGAAUGUUCAUUUAAAUUUGGAUUCAAGUAUUGUUGUAGCAAUAAUGUAUUUGUAUGAAUACCAAUUAUAUCAUUGUAUGCAAUUAUAUUACAAUGACAGAUCUGAUCAUAAUUUGGACUUAAAUCUAGUAUUACAUUUUGUCUUGAGUUUAGGGUUAUGUUUUGUUGAUAAUAUAAGUAAGUUUAUUUUCUUUACAUCCUUACGUUUCUUUUAAUCUGUAUCUUUCUUCCACCUACUCCAAGAAACAGCACAGAAAUCAGCUCCUAUACAAAUUUAAAUCAGUGUCGUGUGUUGAUCUGAAAUAAUCCAGUGAGGAUAUCUUUGUGAGUUUUAGAUACAGACUUCUUCUGCUGCACUUUGUCGUCUGUUGAACAUUUGACUGUAGCUCUGUCACUAAUGAGAGAGAGAGAGAUCAGUGCACUUCCUCCUACACCUUCCACUGUUUCAGGCUCACUGUGACUCACUUCUCCAUCUCUCCCACCACCUCCACUUCUCUCAAUUUGUCAACACAUCUCUUCUCUCUGCUAAGUCUUAUUCCCUCUGCUCUCACCUCAGCCUAUCUGCUCUCGUCUCGCCCUCUAUAGUGUCUAUCACCAUUAUCAAGAUCAGUUUGUUCCUCAUGUCUUAUUCUAGAUCCUCUUUCUUUCUCUUGUGUCAAAUCCCUCCAUUCACCCACAGCCCACCUUCAGCCUAUUGAGGACGUUUUUGAUAGUGUGACUGAAUUGAUAUGUGAGAAUUAAGACGUUAUCUAUGAGGCACAGGAGACUGAUGUAUGACAAAGGCUGCCAUGCAGUCUAAUUCUAUGUUAUGAUACAUGUUAGAUGUGUAGUGUGUUACAUUUCUUAACUGAUACAUGCAUCACAUUAUUUCCUUUACACCACAACACUGUCCCUCUAUAUCCCAUCUCACAUGUUUGAAAACUGUACCGAUAGUAUGAAGAAAACCAUAGAUCCGGCCCAAUCCUGUCCUUUUGCUGUUUGUUGGAGUGGGAUGAAACAUGAUGCAGAAAAGUUAUUGAAUAUGCAUUAAGUUUGCCAUGUUCCCUAAAAGUAAGGUUAUGUAACUUGUGGCAGGUGCACAACAAUGCUAAAUGCUAAAACAUAACAUAAACACAGGUAGAAGAGAUUCAUAAGGUUAGUGACUGAGUAAUGUCACAUGCUUGACAAUAUCUUAGGUUUGCUAACAUUUGCCACUGUAGGUUACCAUGGACAUACCAGACAGAGUCAGGCUCUAGAGGAUAUAGAACUGAUCACAGGUGCAUUCUGUUUAUUAAACCUUUUUUUUGUUUCUUCUUUCAAAAGUUACGUAGUUCUGUUUUAAGUGCUGCAAGUGUUAUUUUCCAGGCUGUGUAGGAACAAGAGUCCAGUUGAGGAAUGCAGGUCUAAAGAAAGUGUGUGUUUGUGUGGGAGUGUGUGACGUAGACUGCGAGCAGAUGUCGACUAAAGCGUAAUUGAGUCUGCGAGGGAAGGUUAAGCAGAGUUAGAGGAUGACGAGGGUGGCUGGAGUGAGAUGUCGCCUUACAGAAGGAACUUGGAUGUAGCUUAAAAACACAUUUGAAAAAAGGAAUUUACUGCAAUCCUCUAAGCACAAAGUCAAUUCAAGAAAACGUUGAAAGUCAAACUAUUAACUGAGCUGACAGAGCCUGAGAUGGAGCGCCAGACUGCACAUGUGGAUUGACAAUUUAUAGACGAUGAUGGUUUUGAUGAAGUGAGGGAAGAAGAAGAAGUGAGGAAGUUUAAGGGGGCCACAGUGAUUGUGAUGAAUUACUUAUCUAUUGGUCGGAUGAAUCCUGCUGCUUGAUAACAACAAAUGUUAAACACCAAUAGGCUGAUAGCAAUUUACUAGUACUGUCUUUUUACUGGGAUAUUUUCCAGAUGUUGAGAUUUAGCCAAUAAUUUACAACUACUGUCAGUAUUUUGAAGUUAUUUUUCAGUGGAGACUUACAGGACAAUUGUGUUGAAAUUUCACAGAAAUUGAGUUCAUU